CAAACAUUCUUAGAGAGAGAACGAGGAAGAGAGAGAGAGAGAGAGGAUGGGUCAUCACUCGUGCUGCAACAAGCAAAAGGUGAAGAGAGGGCUUUGGUCACCCGAAGAAGACGAAAAGCUCAUCAACUACAUCAAUUCAUAUGGCCAUGGAUGUUGGAGCUCGGUUCCCAAACAUGCAGGUUUGCAGAGAUGUGGGAAGAGUUGUAGAUUAAGAUGGAUAAAUUAUCUACGACCUGAUCUUAAACGUGGAAGCUUCUCUCCUCAAGAAGCUGCUCUUAUCAUUGAGCUUCAUAGCAUUCUUGGUAACAGAUGGGCUCAAAUUGCUAAACACCUACCUGGGAGAACAGAUAACGAGGUCAAGAAUUUUUGGAAUUCAAGCAUAAAAAAGAAGCUCAUGUCUCACCACCAUCAUGGUCAUCAUCUUCAUCACCAUCAUCAUCAUCUCUCUUCAAUGGCGAGUUUGCUCACCAAUCUUCCUUAUCACAAUGGAUUCAGCCCUUCUACUGUCGACGAUGAAAGUUCAAGAUUCAUGUCCAAUAUCAUCACAAAUACUAACCCUAAUUUCAUCACUCCAAGCCACCUCUCUCUUCCGCCUCCUCAUGUUAUGACUCCAUUGACGAUGUUCCCAACCUCUAGAGAAGGAGAUUUCAAUUUUAUAACCACAAACCAGUCUCAUCAAGACAAUAACCUUUACAACAAUUUCGACAUUCUGUCAGCCACACCAGUCAUAAACAAUCAUCAUCAACCUUUACUCUCUUCUUCUUCUCAUGAUAAUGAUCCCCAAUGGCCAGCGUUACCAGAUUUCCCAGCGAGUACCAUUUCCGCUUUUCAAGAAACCCUUCAAGAUUAUGAUGAUGCUAAUAAACUCAACGUGUUUGUGACACCGUACAACGAUAAUAAUGCCAAGAAGCUAUUAUGUGGAGAGGUUCUCGAAGGCAAAGUACUAUCCUCCUCCUCGCCAAUUUCACAAGAUCACGGCCUUCUUCUUCCCACCUCGUACAAUUUGCAAAUGUCAACUACGGUUGAUCAUCAUCAUCAUCAUCGAGCGGACUCAUACAUCAAUCACAUGAUCAUACCUUCAUCAUCCUCAUCGUCGCCAAUCUCUUGUGGACAGUACGUCAUUACUUAAGCAAACCCUAGCUAGUCUUACUCCAUCAACAUGGGAUUCCUAGACAUGGGUACGUAUUAAAUACCUAAAUAGAAUCUAUAUAUAUACGAUUUUUAUCUAUAUAUAAAUAGAAAAAGAGGGAAACAUAAAUAAUCACCCAUAUGUUUUAUAAGUCUUCUCAAUAUAUAUAGUACAAGGAUUUGUGAUAUGUUACAUGAAUUACUUUUUAUAUAUAUUGCAUUGAAUUUAAAUAAUGAGGGAAAACAUAAAAUGGUGUCAGUUCUUCUUAAUUCAGGUUAUCGUCGUGUGAGUUGUGGAAAAAGUUUUACUAUACUACAUAUAAAGUUCGUCCUUAGAACAUUUUAAUGAACACGUACAAACACACAUAUGUAUGUAAAAGCACAUAUAUGUGAAGGAUGUACGAUCUCUCUCUCUCUCUCUCUCUCGUCAUCUACGUACGCAUGUGUUUGUAUAUGGUCAGUUUGUUUUGCCUCUGUAUUGGAAAGUAUUGUCUUGAUCUUUGUUUUUUUCUUUGUCCCUUAUUGCUUCUCUCUCUCUAUGAUAUUUCGUAGGGUCAAUAUA